AUGAGUAACAUCACUUGGCAUGCACGGGCCGUCGCGCUGUUGGCAGUUCUGCCAAUCGUCGCCGCUAUUCCCGCCCCGACCGGCGAUGCCGGGACCGUGAAUGAUGCCAAUCCUCCCCAGCCUGCGAUUACUCCCUCGCCCGUUCAAAAUAACCCCUCUCCGAUCAUUCAGCGUGGGAUCAUCAGCGAUGUCGAGAAUGAUGUCAACAGCAUCCUGUCAGGUCUGGGCUCGGACAUCCCCACGUGGGUCGCCUCGGGAGUACCCAACUUCUUCCAGGGAUUCCCGACUGGAGAUAGCGUUGCCAGCUCGCUAGGCUUGAAAUCCUCUGAUUUGGCGGCCCUGCCCACCAAUGUCUUGAACAUUGACCCGUAUGCCAACUGGACCAAGUCGGGCUGGAACGUGCGCUUCCACGGCAAUGUCUACAAGCAGCCCAACACGUCGCGAUCCGACUUGGACCGCCUCGCCAACGUCUUCCUGGUCGGCACCGACAUCAAGAAUCUGCCCCCUUCAGAGCAGAACCAGGCGCGCAACUUGACUGCCGAGAUUUUCGUCGUUCAGCAGCCACAUGUCGCGGUCAACACCAUCUACCUUGAGCCCUCGCCUUCGCAGGGAGCCAGCGGCCAGCCGGGGGGUGGUGGUUCUUCCAACACCACUGGCGGCGUGCAAUCGGUCACCUUGCCGUACAAUACCACUGCGGAGGGUGAUUUCGACGUCUUUGUACCGAUCAAGAGCAACGGUUUGACUGCGGGUAAUGAAACCUCGGCUAUCCAGAGACUCAACACCUACGUGGAAGGUGCCUCUAUCGGCAAUUCUACCGCCUACCUGGUCCCCCCCACCGGACUAACGGUCAUCUCGGACAUUGAUGAUAUCCUGCGAAUCACCAAGAUCUAUGAGCCCAAGGAAGGCCUGCUGAACAGCUUUGCCAAGGCAUUCACUCCCUGGGAAAAUAUGCCCGAAAUCUACGCGAACUGGUCUUCCAAAAUACCGCACAUGCAUUUCCACUACUUGACCACGACUCCCGAACAAGUCACGCGCAAUUAUAUGUCAUUCAUUUAUAGCACCUAUCCCGGCGGUUCCUUUGAUACUCGUCCUCUGAACUUCAGCGACGUUUCCGCGACCCUCUCGAUCCGCAAGUUCUUGUUGAAGAAGAUCUUCGAAACUUUCCCACAGCGCAAGUUCAUUCUCGUAGCAGACACCAGCAACAGCGAUGUCAUGCGCGAUUACCCGGAGAUGGUAACCGACUUCCCUGGCCAGGUACAGUGUAUCUUCCUGCGUAAUACCUCGGCCACCGAUAGCGGCGACAAGUUCCCUUAUGAUACCUCCGGAUUCAAGAAUAUCUCUCAGGACAAGUUCAUGUUCUUCGUGAACGCCGAUGACUUGACCAACCUGGAUAUCGAGAAUGGACAAUGCUACAACCACUCGAUUCCCCAGAACCUCACGUUCAGCUACCAAGGUCUGCCAUUUGGACUGAGCAAGCACAAUGGAGCAGGCCAGCCAGUUGUUGGAAGAUACAACCUGUGGACACUGGCUGCCUCUAUUGUCGUUGCUGCUGUGAUGUUCUCUUAG